AAGUGCGCCGACGUCGCGUAGACACAUUUGUACUGUCCUGAAUAGUUCUGACAGCCUAACCUGGUAUACGUAAGUGUCGAUGUACCAGUUGUUUAUUUUCAUAUUGUGAAAUAGCAAAUAAUCCUCGCCAUGUUGUACUCUAUAUAGGUGUAGACAUUUCAUCAGUAUAGACUUGUACGACUUUUCACUGAAUACGAUCUAUCUUAUUACCUGAUACCAGGUAAGACCUUCCUUGUGAAUUAAAAGGUAAAUUAGGACGUUCGCUCAGGUAAACAGGUGACAGCGUUUCCUAUAUCCAUAGGUAUUACUGUGACCCAUACGCUCGUGUGGUUUUCAGUUGUGUAGUAGGUUAAGACAAAGUCAUUCAGUUGUACGUAGUUACAGCCACCAGGGAUCCCAAACUGGGUCGAACGUUUUAAAAAAAAGCCAUCAACUACAGAUUCAAGCGUUUAUAAAUAUACAAUGUCAAUACGUGUGUUUGAAGUCGUGGACAAACGCAAACGAGACUAGACUCUAUACCAUCACAGCUGACCGGACAUUGGGAAGUUCACGUGUACGAUGGGAGACGAGACAAACGGGUUGUUUGGGUCACGCAUUACGAUAACUAUCGUCGCCAUCUUAACCAACGUUACAGCCCUCGUCGUUGUCUUCACAUCGACGAGCUUGCACACCAAUGGUUUCAUUCGGAAUAUUCUUAGUUUGUGUGUCUCGGACCUCAUCACAGCAACUUUCGUUAUUCCAAUAAGUUUGAUCUACCAUGGAAAUGCAAAUAUUAAUUAUGGGAGCGAGGUUUGCAACGCAUGGUUAAGAUUGGCUUACUGUAAUAGAGCACUAUCAUGCUUCAUCCUCGUCACCAUGUGUAUUUUCUGUCUCGUAAGUAAACUUCACAACAACGGACGCAUUAGAUUACGCGUUUACAAAAUCAUAGAAAUGGUCCUUGUUAUCAGCCCUUGGUUUCUUGUGUUAAUAGCGUACGUGCCAUUAUUUCUCACCGAAAGCAACAAUACAAAUUCCGGAGCCAAUUUUGCAGACCAACUGUGCCUUUUCACAAACACUAAUUAUAAUUUCUCAGUGUCCAUCAUCUUCUUGGUUUUGCCACCAAGUUUACUUUUACUGACAAUCGUAGUGAUGCAUAUCAUGUACAAAGUAAUGCAGCGCAAACAUUCACAAGAUCCCGAUCAAGAAACGGAAGCAGAUGGACGUCUGCGCAUGUUUACAGUUGGAACAUGGCUUGUAAGCUUAAUGACAAUUUGUUGUUGGAUACCAUUCAUAAUUGUGAUGCUACUUCUCCUGUUCUGCCGGACCUCGACAUCGUCAGUUAGCCAAUGCUACCCCUCCUUACACGCCAUAGACACCACCUAUACAAUAUCUCUCGUACCGUCAACACUGACACCAUUUUGUUGGCUAUUUAUAAGUGAAUUCCGUGUCAAGUUGUUAUCAAUAAUGUCCCAUGUUACACAAACAUGUACUUGUGGGCAGUCUGUGGAUUGUACCAAAUGUUCCUGUCAAAAACCGACAACAGAAGAUGACAUUAACGCCCUGACUAUGUACUGACCUCUGUCGAUAUAAAUCUUAACGUCGCCAUAGUGGAAUAUUUACAAACUAUUAAACAAAAGAAAAGUAAACAUGGAAUCAUUCAUGAUGUAUGAAAUUGAAUGAAAUUGAAUUGAAUUGAAAGAAAGUAGUAUUAUGCCAGACCAAGUGAUUCGUACUGUGAUUAAAUAGAAAUGAGAUCCUGGAUAAACUGGGUUUUAUAUAUACUGUCACGUUGUUUUUGUGAUUGUACACAUCUAUUGCUAUUAAAGUCAUUUUCUGUGAAAAAUGAA